AGGAUCUCGAAACCACAAAAAAAAUUUUUAAUUAUGUUUAUUUGUAUUCCAUUUCCUUAAUUUCAUAGAGGUUGCCUCAUUGUUCAGCAAAUAUAUUUGAGUAUACCCAAGUUUACCCAUUUAUGCCAUGUAUAUUACGAGUUUUGCAAAUAGAAAACCGCCAAGUCAUGUGGGACAAAUAGAUAGAACUCUGCUCUAUAAAAGCCCUGUCUAACAGAGAAAUUUAAUAAUCGAAAAGUAACAUCCGCUGCAAUGCUAUCUAAACUAUUUCCCUGGAUCAAGGAAAAGCCAUUGAGCGAACCUUGUCAAUCGCGAGAUGCAUUUACAUAUUUAGAUCGGGUAAUGUGGACCUUUGGCUGGACAGAGCCAGAAAAUAAAAGAUGGACCUGGUUAUACAACUUAUGGGCUCUUUUCACGUCCUUAUUAAUAUUUAUCUUUCUGCCGAUCUCAAUGGGUUACGAGUACAUCAAGCGUUUCAAAAGCUUCUCAGCUGGCGAAUUUCUCAGUUCCCUAGAGAUUGGAGUUAACAUAUAUGGCAAUUCCUUCAAGUGUGGUUUCACCUUGAUUGCCUUUAGAAAAAGGGAGAAGGCAAAAAAUAUUUUGGAUAAGCUGGACGAAAGAUGUCUAAUGGAUGAGGAGAAGUCGACUGUUCAUCGAUACGUGGCAAUGGGUAAUUUUUGCUACAUGGUUUACCAUAUUUGCUACUGGUUCUUCGUAUUCGUGAACGUUUUGGUUAUCUUGGUUAAGGGUCGUCAUGCCUGGCGCAUGUUUGUACCUCUGAUCAAUUCUGAACAGCAUUUCGUGGUGUCCAAUUUCGCGGAAUUUACCAUGAUGCUCUUGGCGGUGACUAUGGAUCAAUGUACGGAUACCGUUCCUUUGGUCAGCAUGCUAAUGGCUCGAUGUCACAUGUCACUGUUGAAAGAACGACUUAAAAAUCUCCGAUCGGAUCCAGGAAAAAGCAACGAUGAGGACUUACAGGAGCUGACCCAAUGUAUUCGGGAUCAUCGGAUGAUAUUGGACUAUGUAAACCUGCUGCGGGAUGUCUUGUCCGGAACUAUUUUUGCGCAAUUCCUUUUGAUUGGAGUGGUUUUGGGCCUUUCGCUGAUCAACUUAAUGUUCUUCUCAACACUUUGGACUGGCUUUGGCACUUGCGUUUUUAUGUUUGACGUUUGCAUGGAGACGUUUCCCUUUUGCUAUCUCUGCAAUAUGAUCAUCGAUGAUUGCCAGGAACUAGCCAACUGUCUAUUUCAUUCGAAUUGGACGUCCGCCGACCGACGAUACAAGUCUACAAUGGUCUACUUUCUUCAUAAUCUACAGCAGCCCAUUAUUCUUAUGGCAGGAGGUGUGUUUCCUGUUUGCAUGCAAACUAAUUUAUCAAUGGUGAAGCUGGCCUUUUCUGUGGUUACUGUCAUAAAGCAAUUCAACAUAGCCGAGAAGUUCCAGUAGCUGAACAUAGAAAAGUAUAUACAAAAGGAUCAUAUAACCAUCACUGAUAUUUAAUAGAGGCACAAUGGCAUUCUUCUUAACUGAAAGAAUCGUCUUAAUAAAGUACUACAUUGAUUAAAUUUUAAAUUCCGUCGCUUCAUCAGCAUCGAGAAAAAAC